UUGCGUCGCCUAUGACGUCACAACCGUAGCAAGCUCAGUGGUUUUGACAGCCAAUAAAUCGAGCUGAAAGCACUCUAUUCCCCGACAAUCAAACUCGUACAUAACCAAGUAAUGGUCAAGUUCAAGACUGGACAAAGUACAGCAUGUCGGUGACCAAUUCAAGAACAUAGGCGACUUCAGAGACACCGCGCGGGACAAGAGUGCCGUCGGGUAUACAGUUUGUGGACAUACAUUCUUACGGAUCCAAUGUAUUGGUUGAUAGUGUUCUGGGAACCAUCUGUUGACAGCGCGGAACGUUGAAGAACCCCCACUCUGUGUGUUUUCCAACCUGCCUCGUCGUGAACGAGAGACCGAAAGGUGCAAAAGAGAGGGAUUUUGGUGCCACUCAUCUCAGUAAGAGGUUGUCAAAGCCAAUCAUGAACUGCUUUGGCUCUCCCCCAGGCGAGGACGUCCCCCCACGUUCCAGACGCUCCGCAAAUAACAUGGCCGCCAACUCAGCAACACCCCCCUCUGACAGGCGCUUCCUCAUCUUCUUCGACUUUGACGAGACCAUUGUAAAUGAGAGCAGUGACGAUGUGGUGGUGCAGGCGGCCCCAGGGCAGAACCUCCCCGCCUGGCUGAAGGACACCUACCGACCGGGCCACUACAACGAGUACAUGCAGCGCGUGCUGGCCUACAUGGCAGAGAAGGGCGUGACCGAGAGUGCCAUCCGCUCCGUCAUCGAGAAGAUCCCCGCCUCUCCCGGCAUGCUGGCCUUGUUCCAGUUCCUCCGCCACCGCCCCCCGCAGGACUUUGAGGUGGUUCUGGUGUCUGAUGCCAACACCUUCUUCAUCGAGUCCUGGCUCCGCCGCGUUGGGGCCCGCCAGCUCUUCGUCAAGAUCCUCACCAACCCUGCCACCUUCGACAAGGAUGGCCGGCUGGUGCUGCGCCCCUUCCACUCCCACAGCUGCCUGCGCUGCCCGGAGAACAUGUGCAAGCAGGUGAUCUUGAGGGACUAUGUGAUGCGGCGGACACAGGAGCGUGGGCGGCCGUUCCAGAGGGUAUUCUAUGUGGGCGAUGGGGCCAACGACUUCUGCCCGUCUCUGAUCCUGGGGCCCCGGGACACGGCGUUUGCCCGGCGGGACUACCCCAUGCACCGGCUGAUCACUGAGAUCCACGAGGCCAGGCCAGGGGAGUUCAAGGCUGUUACUGUGCCCUGGGCCAGUGGGGAUGAUGUGGUGGAGCGACUCAGGAGGCACGCAGAGGAGAAAUGAUGAAGCUAGGGGAGGGGGGGGGGGGGCUGCUCACACACAUACACAAAUACUCAGACACUCACACACCCAGCAAAUCACAUUCCCAGAUCAAAUACCCACAAUACCACAUACUGACACAUAAUGAAAAUCCACUCUACGCUCAAGAAUAGAGCAUGCCAAUUGAACAGGCGUUUUGAUAUAUUGCCUGCGACAGUGUCACACUUCCGCUCAGUCCAUCUGUCUUACUCGGACUCAGCCACAGAGCUAGAGAUACUGUAGUCUUUCAGUCCACCUCUUCUCACUCUAGGCUUGCAGUCAAUCAGAAACACCAACACAAGAAAGGCAUCAACUCUGUUUGUUAUUACAGCGACGUAUGCCUUAGUUGUCAGUCAAUCUUUUAGAGGGAUUGAUCCUCUUAUGCUGGAUUGAGAGGGAAGAGGUACAAACAUCAUUGACUGAAUAGGGGGGUCUGCAGUGAUACAUUUAGGACUGGUGUAUUACCUAUAUUCCUUUGUUGACUCUGAGCUCUAUUGGUUUAUUACAGUUUUCCUCAGUUGCUAACAAGCGUCGGUCAAUACUGAAGCCACUUUUUCAAAACUCUUCACACAGUCUGCAUUACCAACAUGCAUCUUGGCCAAACAGUUAAUCUCACCUCAAACCACUUCAUACACGUCUCAAAAUAAGCUUGUUCGACCAUAACUCUGGCAGCAGUUCUCACUCAAAACACACUGACCUAAAAACACUAACAGGGAGCAUUACAUAAAUGUACUUCUCUUUGAAUGAUUUUCCACAUAAAUCAGUAUUUCAUUAUAGAAUAACACCGUGACUUUAUUGACUGUACUAAAGUAUAUGUAACAAGAAUGAAUAAGAAAUGCAGCAAUUUGCGUCAAUAGCCUUCAUUUUUUUCUAUGUCUUUGCAUAUAGUCAUUUACUUGUGAAGAAUAAAGUUGAAACAAAAUCAAGUUCCUGAAAUUCCAGGGCUGCAAUAAUUUCAAAAACAUGUAUAGUAUAAUCACUAACAGUACAGUACUGUGACGGUUCUAGUUCUCCCUCUCUCCUGCAUUUGGCCACAAGUUCUCAACAUCACAUCUUAUGUCUUCUCUGGCAAAGCAUCUUGGGAAGUAUCUUCUGGAAUGUCUAAUCCAACCCUGCCAGUCUUCAGGAGAAGUGUCUCCACACCCUGCAUUCAUGGUGUCCAGCAAGGACAUCUGGUCAUGUGGAUGGUGGUCAUAAACCUUCCACCUCGACGCAGAGGAAAACUCCUCUAUGGGGUUAAGGAAGGGGGAGUGUGGAGGCAGGAAUAGUACUGGCAUCCUGGGAUGUGCAGCAAACCAGUCUGUGACUGCAGCAGAGUGGUGGAAUGUCACAUUAACCCACACAGCGACGGUAGGGGAGUUUCUGGCCCCUCUCUCCUCCGCUGGCACGAGUCGAUUAUGCAGAUUCAUCCAGAAAAUAAAUGAGCCUCUCUGUAUUGUAGGGGCCAAUGAGUGGUUUAUGUAACAGCAAACCAUCAUUGGACAGUGCUGCACACAUUGAUGUUAGCUCCUCUCUGGCCUGGGACUUCCACGGUUUGCGGUCUGUCCAAUCACAUGUCUUCCCCUGCGGUGUGUUUUUGUCAGAUUGAAUCCAGCUUCAUCCACAAAGAUGAAUGUACGUGCAGUUUGCCUUGCUUCCAUCUCCAUUCAUCUCAAACACAGUAAAUCCACAGUUUUACAGUACUUUAUAUUAUGCAUAGCUGUGUAUGUACCCUGUUUGGUUAUUGAACAGACAUCUUACCUGGAUAUAUUGAUACCAGAGUUAUUUCACCGUUUCUCUCAAAGGGUACAGUGUACAACUGCUUCCUCCUUGUUUUAUGUUUCUCUUGGACUCUGGCCAUUGUCGUUGUGCUGACCGUAUUCACAUUCCCAAAAGUAAUAUAAAUAUAAUAAUAUAUGCCAUUUAGCAGACGCUUUUAUCCAAAGCAACUUACAGUCAUGUGUGCAUACAUUCUACGUAUGGGUGGUCCCGGGGAUCGAACCCACUACCCUGGUGUUACAAGCGCCAUGCUCUACCAACUGAGCUACAGAAGGACCAUAAUAUUGUCUGCCAGCACUCUGUCCCGAAUUUCCCACAGUUUUAUUGCAUUGUUGCCGAUCACCAUGUCAACAAUGGCAAUUUCCUGCGUAUCUGAUAAUAUUCUGCCUAUGCUGUGGGAGGCAACCAUUGGAUCCUACUGAAAAACACAAAACAAAUCAAUCCUUUAAAAAAUGUCAGUAUAUGUUAAAAUGUGAACAUCCUGUAUUGUACUAUAAUAUAUAGUUAAAUUAUCACCUGUGGUUUUGCCAGAAAAUGUGUACUAUUGAUGCAACUGUUGAAUGCUGCAGAUGUGGUUGCACCCUUAAACCGGCUUCUCUCAAAGAGAGACCAUGGUUUACAACAUGGUCAAUAAUUGUGGCCCUUAUCUCAUCAGAGACCACCGCUCUUGGUCUUCCUCUCCUUUGUCCUCCACACUGUCUCCCUCUCUCUGUCACUCUUCUUUCCCCACCAACCUGUCUUCCUUGAUCCAUGUUUCCAAACUAAAUCAUUCCGAAGCCGUCCUCUUUUGUCUGUUUAGUAACAAGCCUAAAAACAGGACACUGGACACUGGGUAGGCAUUCAGCUGAAAUUGCAAUCAGCUGUGUUUGGAAUGAUUAAAUAUUCUGCUGAGAUUUUCUAUGUUUCAAUCUGGUUACUGCACAAAUGCAUGACAUUUGCCAUCCUGUUUUGAAUGUGUUUUUAACAGUUUUGGAAACAGCGUGUUAGCAUUUGAAAACAUGCUGCAAAUAUAUAGUUUUGCAGGUGGUGGAGUACGAAUGGAUGCAUUUUGUGUGAAAGCAAUGAAAAAUUAUUCACAGUUUGGUCCACAUACACUUCCGUUUCACUGACUGUGUGAAGAGUUUUGAUAAUGUGACUUCAGUUUUGACCAAUGCAUGUUAGCAAUUGAAAAAACUGUAACAGUCAAACUGGGUCAGUAGGGCAGUAGAUCCGGUUAGUUAGUGUCCCGUUCUCUGUCUAUAGCCCUCUCCAGUCCACCCAAUGGCAUUGUCGAUGCUAAAUGAAUGGGUGGCUAUUCUAGUGUAAUUCUUAAAUCUUAUAUUAUCAACAAUAAAUUGUGUUGUUUACUUGUUAACAGUGCUCUUUGUGAAAUAGGGAAUUGAUGGCUGAUCAGGGAAAAUGUAAUGUGAUAACAUCGCCAUCUACUGGCAGACCUAAAGAUAGCAAGUGGAGACCAGUUUUAAAGUUUUGGAAAAUAAGUUGAAAUGGAACAGAAAAUGUACUGUACCAUAUGACAUAGCUAUAUAACUAAAUAUUGUCGUUUUUAAAACAUGUAUGUAUUAUUAUUAUUAUUUGUGCAUGUCUGUUUUAAAUAUGUAACACAUACUUGUACCUACAUGUUCCACCACCAGCAGGAAUAUAAAAGCCAUGAACUAAA